GGCGCGAGCCUAACGCCCCUUAGCUGCAGGCGGAGCGCGAGGCUGGGUGGUCAGAGGCUGCCGGGGAGAAUUGAAGGGACCCUCAUUUGCAUAACGGCCGCCCGUCGCCUCUGAGCCCGAGCCGGGGUCCCGCCCCUCACCCAACUAGAAAUCUGUUGGGCUACGGGCGGGUCACUCCGACCCAGGCAAGCCUGUGGCGGGCUGUCCUGGGAGCGGAUUGGCUCCGGGAGUUUCCAGAAGGCGGCAGGGAGGCGGCUAUAAGAGCGGGGAGCCCAGCGAGGGGAGCGGGAGAUAGUGUUGGCGCUCGCGGUGUCUGGUGCGAGGCGACCGUUAGUUGACGCCGCAGAUUUUCGGUCCUAGGUGCUUUCGCCUAACGUCGCCUGCCUAUCUUUCAGUCAGGAUGUCUGCCCGCGGCCCGGCUAUCGGCAUCGACCUGGGCACCACCUACUCGUGCGUGGGGGUCUUCCAACAUGGCAAGGUGGAGAUCAUCGCCAACGACCAGGGCAACCGCACCACCCCCAGCUACGUGGCCUUCACCGACACCGAGCGCCUCAUCGGCGACGCCGCCAAGAACCAGGUGGCCAUGAACCCCACCAACACCAUCUUCGACGCCAAGAGGCUGAUCGGACGGAAGUUCGAGGACGCCACGGUGCAGUCGGACAUGAAACACUGGCCGUUCCGGGUGGUGAGCGAGGGAGGGAAGCCCAAGGUGCAGGUGGAAUACAAGGGAGAGAUCAAGACCUUCUUCCCAGAGGAAAUCUCCUCCAUGGUCCUCACUAAGAUGAAGGAGAUCGCCGAAGCCUACCUGGGCGGCAAGGUGCAGAGCGCGGUCAUCACGGUCCCGGCCUAUUUCAAUGACUCGCAGCGCCAGGCCACCAAGGACGCGGGCACCAUCACGGGCCUCAACGUGCUGCGCAUCAUCAACGAGCCCACCGCGGCGGCCAUUGCCUACGGCCUGGACAAGAAGGGCUGCGCCGGCGGCGAGAAGAACGUGCUCAUCUUUGACCUGGGCGGCGGCACCUUCGACGUGUCCAUCCUGACCAUCGAGGAUGGCAUUUUCGAGGUGAAGUCCACGGCCGGCGACACCCACCUGGGCGGCGAGGAUUUCGACAACCGCAUGGUGAGCCACCUGGCGGAGGAGUUCAAGCGCAAGCACAAGAAGGACAUUGGGCCCAACAAGCGCGCAGUGCGCCGACUGCGCACCGCCUGCGAGCGAGCCAAGCGCACCUUGAGCUCGUCUACGCAGGCGAGCAUCGAGAUCGACUCGCUAUACGAGGGCGUGGACUUCUACACGUCCAUCACUCGCGCCCGCUUCGAGGAGCUGAACGCUGACCUGUUUCGCGGAACCCUGGAGCCGGUGGAGAAGGCGCUGCGUGACGCCAAGCUGGACAAGGGCCAGAUCCAGGAGAUCGUGCUGGUGGGCGGCUCCACCCGAAUCCCCAAGAUCCAGAAGCUGUUGCAGGAUUUCUUCAACGGCAAGGAGCUGAACAAGAGCAUCAACCCCGACGAGGCGGUGGCCUACGGAGCUGCGGUGCAGGCGGCCAUCCUCAUCGGAGACAAGUCAGAGAACGUGCAGGACCUGCUGCUGCUCGACGUGACCCCGUUGUCGCUGGGCAUUGAGACGGCUGGCGGCGUCAUGACCCCACUCAUCAAGAGAAACACCACGAUCCCUACCAAGCAGACGCAGACCUUCACCACCUACUCGGACAACCAGAGCAGCGUGCUGGUGCAGGUGUAUGAGGGCGAACGGGCCAUGACCAAGGACAAUAACCUGCUGGGCAAGUUCGACCUGACCGGGAUUCCCCCGGCGCCCCGCGGGGUCCCUCAGAUCGAGGUCACCUUCGAUAUAGACGCCAAUGGCAUCCUUAACGUCACCGCCGCCGACAAGAGCACCGGUAAAGAAAACAAAAUCACCAUUACCAACGACAAGGGUCGUCUGAGCAAGGACGACAUUGACCGGAUGGUCCAGGAGGCAGAGCGGUACAAGUCGGAAGAUGAGGCCAAUCGCGACCGGGUCGCUGCCAAAAACGCGGUGGAGUCCUAUACCUACAACAUCAAGCAGACGGUGGAAGACGAGAAACUGAGGGGCAAGAUUAGCGAGCAGGACAAAAACAAGAUCCUCGACAAGUGCCAGGAGGUGAUCAACUGGCUCGACCGAAACCAGAUGGCAGAGAAAGAUGAGUAUGAACACAAGCAGAAAGAGCUUGAAAGAGUGUGCAACCCCAUCAUCAGCAAACUUUACCAAGGUGGCCCUGGCGGCGGCGGUUCUGGAGCCUCCGGGGGACCGACCAUCGAGGAAGUGGACUAAGCUUGCACUCGAGUCAGCGUAAACCUCUUUUCCUUUCUCUCUUUCUCUUUUGUUUGUGUUUCUUUGAAAUGCCUUUGUGCCAAGUAUGAGAUCUGUUGGAAGUCUUUUCACUCGGUGUAUGCAUGGGAAAGGAAGGAUGCAACAACUUAGUUUAAUUAUAAAAGGUUAGUUCUGAAGUUUGAUUUUUAAAACCAUUAUUUGAGGUUUCUCUUUAAUGCGUUUUGGGUGUUUGCUGACUUGAGCAUUUUUGAGUAGCUUAGUUUGUGCAUGGAGAUUUGUUUGAGCUGGGAAACCUGAAGUUUGCACAUAAGUUCUGCGGAAGCUUGGUAACAAUAAAAUAUAUAGAAGCUUGAA